UAUUCCCAAUAGAAAAAGAAAAACUUUCUGAUCAAUUUUCACCCUCAUAAGACAAUUAAUUUUCCAUCACAACCACACAAACUUUCCUAUCAUAAUUACAUCUAAAAAUAAGAUUCAAUUUAUUCUUGCAAUAAUUGAAUUAAUGUUUAAUAAUGUUCUGAAAGCAACAAGUUGACAUGCGCUUGGGUGCGAAAAUAUUUGUAUAAAAAGGAAAAAUCUCAACAAUUCAGCAUCAGUUUGAAUAAGAAAGUUCCAAAGAAAAUUUACUUAAAGAAAAAUAAAGUCACAGUCAUGAUGUCAAUCAAGUCGAUCAUAUCAUUAACAUUCGUUGUUUUAUUGAUUUUCACAAUCUCAUCAUCAGUCGAUGCUGCUUUUAAGAAGCUUCCAAUGAACGGCUCGAUGUUUGGCAAACGAGGAACAUCAAUUGAAUACGAAUCAACAGCACAGAAAGCUUUAACCGCCAUGUGUGAAGUUUGUCAAUCGUGGUUCAAUCAAGACAACUACGUCAAUUGAAGCAACCAAAACGAUGAACGAUGACGAUCCAAUGACUUCUCUCCUAAUCCUGACUACGACUACCAUCAACUUUAUCUAAUCACAAUUUGAGUUUCAAGCAAAUUUAAAAAAUGACAAAAAAAAUUAAAGUUUCUCACAACUCAAACCUUUUUUAAUAAAUAAAUUAAAGAAAAAUCUUUAUUGAUUUUAUUUAAACUUUAUUUUGUUUUUGUUCCGUUCUCUUGACUCAAAUAUAAAUUUUAAUCAAAUUAACAAGACAUUUAAUAAAAAAAUUAUUAAUUCAAU